GAAAACUGUAAAAAUGAAGAGAUUCUGAAUUCCUUAAAAUACGUUCGACCAGGUAACGGCUUUGAACCUGGUUUCACUCUCUUCCAAAAAUGUGAGGUCAAUGGGAAAAAUAUUCAUCCAGUCUUUGCUUACUUGAAGGACAAGCUACCUGCACCCGAAGAUGAGCCAUCUGGUCUGAUCAGUGACCCCCGAUAUAUUGUAUGGAGCCCUGUACACAGGUCUGACAUAUCCUGGAACUUUGAGAAAUUUCUAAUUGGCCCAGAAGGAGAACCUUUUAAGCGCUACAGUAAAAACUUCCAAAUCAUCAACAUAGAACCCGAUAUCCAGAGGCUCUUAAGACUUGCCAAAUAA